UGUUGUGGAACGUCCGUCAAGUCACUGGGUUCUGUGAAAAGUGGAUGAAAGGCCGUGAGUUAGCACACAACUCGGCCAUGAGAAAACCCACUUCUGAGCUGAGAUUUGAUUCUUAAAGUUGCUCACAGUGGGCAGCGUGUACCAGAGAAUAGAACUGUGUUAACUCGGCAGUUGACUUGUUUGCUUUGGCAAGUAGUUUAUUGAAAUUCUAAAAAGAUUUCUUCGGGUGCUGUUCCGUUUUGGAAGAAAAUGGAGUCACCAUUGCUUGCUGAUGUGAUGUAGAUCAAUCAAUAACGUGGACCAGCGGGCACUGAGACUAUGCAGAGCGGUGUCGUGGCGGUAUAGUGGCGGUGGUGGUUGGUGUUGCUCCAUGGUUGGUUCGUUUUUGGUGGUUAGAAGCUGGAGUUGCAACGUCCUGUAUGGUCUCGUAAGUCUGCGAUAUUAUGGGCAAAUGUUUUCUCACCUAAAAAGUUAUGCCCAAUCGAUCGUUUUGAUGAAGGACUUUUGAAGAUUAUGCACAUUUCCUUCAGAAAGUUUAAUAUUUCAGGAACCUCCUCAAGAAAUGAACUGUGAACUAGUUAAGUCUUCAUGUACUUUUACUCACAAAGCAGCUGAAUGGUUGACAUGUAUAUUUGCUCAUCCCUUCGGAGGUGCAAAUCUAAAAUACAAAGAAUGGCGGUUAUCUUCGGAGCAGCCUAUUUGACUCUGUGCGCUCUUGCUGCGCUGUCACUUUUUCCGUCAAGUGAUUCCUCAGAAGACCUUCCGUCCAAAGUUCAAUCCGCCCACGACAACUCCUGGCAUCGCCUCUUCAAGAAAGGGGCGAGGCCCCGUAACAUCUUCUUCAGCAGUGAAGGGCAGAUGCACGAGACGGACACCGAACAAUCAAACUUUGACGACACUUCAAACAGUUCCAGAAAGUUUGUGAAACACGCUUUACUUCCAAACGAUUCCAGUACUUUAGAAAACAAUUUCCGGCCAACGGAACUUUCUGAUAUUUUUAUCGGGUUGAAAACGACGGAGAAGUAUCAUGAAAGUCGCUUACUGGUUCUUUUCGAGACAUGGCUUGAACGUCCAGAUAUUCGAGCACAGACUUACAUUUUCACAGACGCAGACGAUAGCAAAUUUUAUAAGGAAACAAAUGGACACUUUAUCAACACUCAUUGUGCCAACCGGCAUACAAGACAAGGUUUAUGCUGCAAAAUGGGCGCCAUGUUUUCAAUGUAUUUGAAAUCAAAAAAGAGAUGGUGGUGUACAUUGGAUGACGAUAACUACCUAAAUGUUGAGAAUUUAGUCUCCUUAUUACGAUCAUAUCGUCACGAUAAAGAUGUUUAUAUUGGACGACCGAGCACAGCAACGGAGAUAGUUGCCAACGACAAAGGAGAUGGUAGCAAGCGGAUGGUAAUGAAGGGUCCGGUUAAAAGUAAAUGGAGAGCGACAAAGUUUUGGUUUGGAACUGGAGGAGCUGGAGUGUGCAUCAGUCGAUCUCUGGCCCUUAAGAUGAGCCCAUAUGCCAGUACUGAAGAAUUUCCACGAAUCUGCAACCGGAUUGGUCUACCUGAUGAUGUGGCGCUUGGAUUUGUUAUAGAUGAUCUCCUUGGGGUUCAUCUUACCAAGAUCUCACAGCUUCACUCCCAUCUUAACUCCCAGUCCUUGAGAAACUUAAAGGAUGAGCAGGUUACUAAAGCUAUUACUCUGAGUUAUCAGUUACAUGAUGAGAAAGCAACUAUUGUCAACGUGAAGGACGCUGUGUUUAAUACUACACAGGAUCCUACAAGAUUUAAAUCGUUACAUUGCAAGUUUUAUCCGAACGCCAGCAUCUGCCCGAAGGUAUGACCUCUGGUAUGUGGCGUACCACUGCAGUAGAUGGCUGAACUUCCUGCUGAUGUGUAAAAUGAAUCUUUGGAGACUGUUGCUCUCGUUUUCUGUCAUCUUAAGUUAAUCAAACAAUGCGGUGAUUAACUUCUUUUAUGCUUUCUGGUCAACUGAUUCUACAAAAUUGUUCCAGAUAAUGGUUCCCUAUAAAAGGAAACAAGGCAAAGUCUUAGCCAGAAUCAAGACAAAGUCUCUGCAAAAACCAAGGCAAAAUCUUGGUUAAGAACCAAGACAAAGUCUUAGCAAGAACCAAGGCAAUAUCUUGGUUAAGAACCAAGACAAAGUCUUAGCAAGAACCAAGGCAAUAUCUUGGUUAAGAACCAAGACAAAGUCUUAUCAAGAACCAAGGCAAAAUCUUGGUUAAGAACCAAGACAAAGUCUUAGCAAGAACCAAGGCAAUAUCUUGGUUAAGAACCAAGACAAAGUCUUAGCAAGAACCAAGGCAAUAUCUUGGUUAAGAACCAAGGCAAAGUCUUAGCAAGAACCAAGGCAAAAUCUUGGUUAAGAACCAAGGCAAAGUCUUAGCAAGAACCAAGGCAAAAUCUUGGUUAAGAACCAAGACAAAGUCUUAGCAAGAACCAAAGCAGAUUCUUGGUUAGGAAUCAAGGCAAAUUCUCAGCAAGAACCAAGGCAUGGUCUUAAGAAGCUAAGCAAAGUCUUGGCAAGAACCUCGGUGAAGUCUCGGUAAGGAAUAAAGGAAAAUUCUUACUAAAAAACCAAACCAAAGUCUGGUGCAAAGUCUGGCAAAACCAAGGUAAAGUCUUGGCAAGAACCCAGGCAGAGCAUUGGUAAAGAUAUCAAAGCAAAGUUUGGGAAAGAACCAAAGAUGUGAUGUCUUGGUAACGAAUGAAGUUAGCAUCUCUUUGGGGCAUUGUUGGAAUAGACGUC